CCCCGGGCUGGACUGCUACAAGUAUGCUUACCGACAUCAGCCUGCUGCGACACGAGCGCCGCGGUGCGGCUGCGGCGCUGAGUGCGCUGAGUCUCCUCCUCGCCACGGGGUGCGUCCUCCUCCUCCUCUGCCGGCCGCCACCGUCGGUGCACAACCGCGCGAAAAAAGAUAGCCCACUCCUCUUCUUUGCGAUGGGCGACUGGGGAGGUGGGAGCCGGUCCAUGCCCACGACGCGCUCCCAGCUAGCCAACGGCGACGGCAUGGCGACAGUUGCCAGCUGGAUGGGCGUCACGCCCGCUUUCGUGAUGGCUGUCGGAGACAACUUUUAUGAGUGUGGCGUCACCGACGUGGAGUCGCGCCGCUUUGCCUCGACCUUCGAGGCGGCCUUCAGCCAGCCGGCGCUGCAGGUCCCUUGGUACGCCAUCGCAGGCAACCACGACCACUGCGGCAACGUCUCGGCGCAGCUGGCCUACGCAGCCCAGCGGCGCGGGACGGCGCGCUGGCGAUAUCCACACUUGUGGUACACGUUCACCGAGCGCGCGCCGUCGGGCGCGACCGUCCAGAUCGUCUACAUCGACACGGUGGUGCUGGCGGGGAUGCCUCAGGAGGAGGGGGAGCCGGGCGUCGUGGCCGAGCAGUACGCGCCUCACCCGGCGCAGCGGCUCGGCCCGGAUCAGCUCGCGUGGCUCGACGCCACACUCGCGUCCUCGACGGCCGACUACCUGUGGGUCAGCGGUCACUACCCCGUCUUCUCGCCCUGCCAGCACGGCCCGACGCCCGCGCUGCUGAGGGACGUGCUGCCGCUGCUGCGGAGGCAUGGCGCCGCGGGGUUCAUCGCGGGGCACGACCACUGUUCGGCGCACUACGAGCAGCACGGGAUGGCGUUUGUCCUCUCCGGCGCGGGUCGGGAGUGCUGCUACCACCCGCGCCACCUCGCCUCGCCCCUCAACCCGGGCCCGCCGCACUUUCGAAUGGACCGAGAGCGGCACUAUGGCGCGAUUGGCGGCUUCGCGUCGUUCAGCGUCGGAGCCGGCGCCACCACGCUGCGCUAUCACUCCGACAACGGCACGGUGCUCUACACCGCCGAGCCCAUCCUGCCGCGUCGCCCGGAAGCUGGCACAGAAAGGUGAACGCGCGGCCGCACCCCCGAGCUUGCAGUGGCAAGCGCCGUAGAGCUAUAGGACCCAGCUUAGCAGCUGAGAGAGUGACAGUCUGUGUGAGUCGAAAACGGGCAUCCAGGAGGGAACCGUGCAUACCCAGUAGCUCCAGCGUCCAUGCUCCACGUCCAGGUCCAGCAGCAGUGUAGUCGCGGAGUCAGUGCUUUUCCGCGGCCGUGAAAACCAUGGGGACAAUAUGACGUGGCUGGGGUCUACAAGAUGAUGAGGUGAAGCG